AUGCAGGUAUUGUUCAACAAAGAUAUCGACAUAAAGGACUGCCGUGGACAAUCAUACGACAAUGCGAGCAAUAUGUCGGGCUGUUACGGUGGGGUACAAGCCAAAAUUAUCGAACGUAAUCCUUUGGCGAUUUACGUCCCGUGCGCAGCGCAUUCCCUUAAUUUAGUAGAUCAAGCAGCUGCUGAUUGUUGUUCGAGAGCGACCAGAUUUUUUAUGUUCGUGCAACACGUCUACACAUUCUUGAGUGCAUCUACGUCCAGGUGGGGACAAAUAAAAUCGAAGGUCGAAAAUCAGCCUGGAAUGCUCUUGCCCAAAAGUUUGUCUGGCACAAGAUGGUCAGCUAGAGCGGAAGCAUGUCGAGCACUCGUAAGAUCGUGGGAGAGUCUGCGAGACGCCCUCGACGAUAUUGCGGAAAAUGGUUCCGAAAAGCCAUCCACAAAAGCCGAAGCCGAAGGAUUGUCGCAAGAAUUUGGUUUGCUGGAGACCGCCAUAAUGGCUGUGACUUGGAGCGAUAUCUUGGAGCGUUUCGAAAAAACGAAUAAAAGUCUCCAGCGCGUUAACAUCGAUUUGACAACACUUGUACAACUGUAUGAUGCCCUCCAAGCAUUUGUUGUCGGUUUGCGUGAUCGUUUCGACGAUUAUGAAGAGAAAGCAAAGGAGCUAUCUCAAUGCAACGAAUAUGUGCAUGAGAAUCAACGACGCAGAAGAAGGACCGCUCGAUUUGACGAGGUAAGCGGUAAUGAAGCGAUAUUGGACGGAAAACAAAACAUGCGUAUAAAAACGUUUCUCGUCAUACUCGAUCGAUUGUCAGGCGAAUUAGAAAAAAGAAGUCUCGCCUACAAAAAUGUCAACGCUCGCUUUGGCUUUCUCAGUCGUUUGCCAUCACUCACGGAUGCAGAGAUCAUCACACAAUGUGAAGAUUUACGAACGACAUACUCCACCGAUCUCGACAACGAUUUUGGUGAAGAAUGCAUACAUUUCCGGAAUUGUAUCCGGGAAAUCAGAUUGACGGAGGAUGAAAUCAACAUUGGGAAAUGUUUGAUGAUCAUUCGCGAGAAGAAUAUUGUUGCUACAUUCUCCAAUAUGGAUAUCGUUUUUCGAAUGUAUCUCACGCUUUUCUCCAGUAAUGCUACAGGGGAACGUUCCUUUUCGACGUUGAAAAGAGUGAAAUAUUAUUUACGGAAUACGAUGGGUCAGAAUCGUCUCUCUAGUCUCGCGUUUUUAUCGUCGAAUUCAGAGCUUGUUGAUAUGGCAGAGACCGAUGCAAUCAUCGAUAAAUUUGCAAGAUUAAAAGCGAGAAAGCGAACGUUUUAA